AUGCUGUGUCGUGCAGCUUCCGUCCGCCAUCACGAGACCCUGUGUCCAGCUGAGCGUCCAAGCAUGUCUUCAACACAGGGAAGUGCCACCCACAAGAAGUGCCACCCACAGGAAGUGCCACCCACAAGAAGUGCCACCCACAGGAAGUGCCACCCACAGGAAGUGCCACCCACAGGAAGUGCCACCCACAAGAAGUGCCACCCACAGGAAGUGCCACCCACAGGAAGUGCCCCCCACAAGAAGUGCCACCCACAGGAAUUGCCCCCCCCAAAAGAAGUGUCCCCCCCAAAAGGAAAGGGGCCCCCACAGGAAGGCCCCCAAGAAGAAUGCCCCCACGGGAAAGUGCCACCCCGGGGAAUGCCCCCACGGGAAAUUUCCCUCACAAAUUCCCAACCCACAAAAGUGCCACCCACAAAAUUCACCCCCGGGAAUUUGGCACCCACAGGAAGUGCCACCCACAGGAAGUGCCACCCACAGGAAGUGCCACCCACAGGAAGUGCCACCCACAAGAAUUCCCAAAACCCACAGGAAUGCCCCCCAGGAAGUGCCCUCACAAAGUCCACCCCCAGGAAGGGGCCCCUCACAAGAAGUGCCACCCACAGGAAGUGCCACCCACAGGAAGUGCCACCCACAGAAUUUCCACCCACAGGAUCCCACCCCAGGAAGUCCCAAACCCCAAAAUUUGCCCACCCACGGGAAGGGGCCCCCCCCCAGGAAGUGCCCCCCACGGGAAGUGCCCACCCAAAUGCCACCCACAGAAUCCCAAACUCACAAAAGGGGCCCCCCCACGGGAAGUGCCCCCCACAAAAGUGCCCCCCACAAAAGGGUGCCACCCACAAAAAUGUCCCCACGGGAAAUGCCCCCACGGGGAAGGGGCCAAACCACGGGAAAUUGUCCCCCAAACAGGAAGUGCCCCCCCAAAGUUUUUGCCAUUCCCAAAAUUUCCCCCACAUUAAUGCCACCCCAGGAAGUGCCACCCACAGAAGUGUCCCCACGGGAAAGUGCCCCCCCAAAGGAAUUUCCAUUCACAAAAGUGCCCACCCACAGAAGUCCCACCCAAAAGGAAAAUUCCCAACCCACAAAAGUGCACCCAUGGGAAAGUCCCACCCCACAGGAAUUUCCACCCACGGGAAGUGUCCCCCACAAAAAAGUGUCCCCCACGGGAAAGUCCCACCCCGGGAAUUCCCCCAAAAGGUUUGCCACCCACGGGAAUGCCCCCCAGGAAGUGCCACCCCAGGAAGUGCCCCCCCCGGAAUGUCACCCACGGGAAGUGCCACCCACGGGGAGUGGCCACCCACGGGAAUGCCACCCACAGGUUUUUCCACCCCGGGAAAGGGGCCCCCCCAGGAAGUCCCCACCCCGGGAAGUAAAAACCCCACAGAAGUCCCACCCACGGAAAGUGCCCCCCCACGGGAAAAUCCCAACCACAUAAGUGCCCCCCCAAAAUGCCACCCACAAGAAGUGUCCCCCCCGGGAAUGCCACCCACAAAAUGUCCCCCAAAAGGAAUGCCACCCACGGGAAAGUGCCCCCCGGAAGUUUUGCCCCCCAAAGGAAUUGCCACCCACGGGAAAGUGCCCCCCAAAUUCCACCCACAAAAAGGGUUUCCACCCACGGGAAAGUGCCCCCAAACCGGGAAAGUGCCCACCCCGGGAAGGGUUCCCCCCACGGGAAGUGCCCCCCCCAAAAGUGUCCCCCACGGGAAGUGCCCCCCACGGGAAGUGCCCCCCAAAGAAGUGCCACUAAACAAAAUUUUCCCACCCCGAAGUCCCACCCACAAAGUGCCCCCCACAGGAAGUCCCACCCCCCGGAAAGUGCCACCCCAAAAGAAUGCCCCUCACAAGAAGUUCCACUCACAAAAUUUCCCCCCAAAGGAAUUUGCCCCCCCACAAGAAGUCCCAAAACCCCCAAAAAAAAAGGGUUUCCCCCUCACAAAAAUUCCACUCCCAAAAAAGGCCACCCCACAAAAAGGGGCCCACCCACGGGAAGUCCACCCCAAGAGGGGCCACUCAAAAGAAGGGGCCACUCACAAAGUGCCACCCACAAGAAGCGCCCCCCCACAAGAGUGCCACUCCCCAAAAAGGGGGCCCCCCCAAAAGUUUUCCACCCACAGGAAGUGCCACCCACAGGAAGUGCCACCCACAGGAAGUGCCACUCACAAGAAGUGCCACCCACAAGAAGUGCCACCCACAAGAAGUGCCACCCACAAGAAGUGCCACCCACAAGUCCCAAACCCCAAAAAGGAAAGUUCCCCAAAAGAAGUCCCCCACAAGAAGUCCACCCACAGUAAGGCACCCCAAAAAGUGUCCCCCCAAAAGGGGGAAAAUCCCACCCACAGGAAGGGGAAACCCCAACAAGAAGUCCCAAACCCACGGGAAGUGCCCACCCACAAAAAGUCCACCCCAGGAAUGCCCCCCACAAAGUCCCACCCCCCAAAAGUGCCACCCACCAAGAAGUCCCCACCCCACGGGAAAGUCCCACCCACGGGAAUUUCCCCCCACAAGAAUUUCCACCCACAGGAAGUCCCACCCACAAAAAGUCCCAAACCCAAAAGUCCCAACCCAAAAGAAGUCCCACCCACGGGAAUUGCCCCACAAGAACAGGAGGAUGAUUGUGAUUGUAAGUAUGGAGACUGUGAUUGUAAGGAUGAAGGUGAUUGUUUUCGAUGA